AUGGCCACCGACAACGCUACAUCUCGACCCCGCAAACAAUUAAUCCUCAAUGCAUUCGUUGAAAUGUGUAGUGGCCACCAGUCCCCAGGGCUGUGGCGACACCCAGAGGACGAAUCGCACCGGUUCAACGACAUCGACCACUGGAUUGAGCUCGCAAAGCUUCUAGAAUCCGCCAAGUUCCACGGAAUCUUCAUCGCAGAUGUUCUAGGCGGCUACGACGUGUACAAAGGCCCCCGCAAUCUCGAACCAGCCAUUGUUUCUGGCGCGCAAUGGCCCGUCAACGAGCCAUUAGCUGUCGUACCUGCCAUGGCGGCCGCGACACAAAACAUCGGCUUCGGAGUGACUGUCACAACGACAUACGAGCAGCCGUAUCAUCUUGCUCGUCGGCUCUCUACGAUCGAUCAUCUCACUAAGGGACGGAUAGGAUGGAACAUCGUUACCGGAUAUCUCGACUCCGCAGCACGUAACCUAGGCCACACCCAACAACCCCAGCACGACGACCGCUACGCCCAAGCCGAAGAAUACAUCAAAGUGACCUACAAACUAUGGGAAUCCUCCUGGCGGUCCGACGCCGUCGUGCUCGACCGCACCCGCGGAAUCUACACAGACCCAACCCGAGUCCGCGAGAUCAACCACACCGGCAAAUACUUCACCGUCCCGGGCCCCCACAUCUGCCAACCCAGCCCGCAACGCACACCCGUGAUUCUCCAAGCGGGGACAUCCAAAGCCGGGAAGGCGUUCGCGGCACAGCAUGCCGAGGCGAUCUUCGUAGCGGGACAUAGUCCGUCCGUGGUGGCGAAGAAUAUUGCGGAGAUCCGCGAGACGGCGAAGACGCAGUUUGGACGGGAUCCCGCGGGGAUUAAGUUCUUGGCGCUGUUGUGUCCGGUGCUCGGGAGGACGGAGGAGGAGGCCUGGGAGAAGUUUAGGUAUUUUAGGAGUCUUGGGUCGAUUGAUGGUGCGUUGGCGCUGUUUGGGGGCUGGACGGGGAUUGAUCUCGAUCGGUAUGGGGAUGAUGAGGAGUUGAGGCAUGUGGAGAGUAAUGCGAUUCGGUCUGCCGUUGAGGGUUGGUCCAAGGCGACUCCGGAGGUCGAGAAGUGGACGAAGGCUACGGUGGGUCAACAUAUCACGGUGGGUGGAUUGGGUGCCACGCCAGUGGGAACGCCGGAGCAGGUGGCGGAUCAGAUGGAACGGUGGGUGAAUGAGGCGGAUGUGGAUGGGUUCAAUCUGGGGCAGGCAUAUGCUAUCAAACCCGGCUCCUUCAAGGAUAUCAUCGACUUGCUGAUCCCUGAACUCCGUAAGAGAGGCCUCUUCUGGGAUGACUACACGGUCAAGAAGGGAACGUACCGCGAAAACAUCUACGGCAAGGAAGGGCAGAGCGGCCCGCCGGCUGAUCAUCCGGCCGCAAAAUAUCGCUGGCAUGCAGGUGUUGAAGCAGCGGAUCAUCCGGUCCCGGAGAACUGAUUUGUACACAACGAUGCAAUGCCGCUAUAUAACGCAAGGACUGCUAUUGUAAAUCUCAC